GGUCCAUUUGGAAUAACAUAGCAUGGUCACAUAUCAAAUCUUGAGUUUUUAUCUUGUGUUCACACACUGACGAUCAGAAUGAGGAGGGACCGCUUCCUGUUGAUCGUCACACUGCUCAUCAUUUUGUUUCUCGAUUUCUAUUUUAUUUUGCUACCCAGGCUCAGAACCUGGUCCCAUCGUUCCUGGAGAGUGAGCUGCAACUGUCGUGGGGCGAAUGCUAGCAAUGUAUAUACUGAGCAGGUCUCCCAAAAAUGGCUCUCAAGCCCAAACUUCACAUCUGAACAGGGGUCCAAGCUGGAGAGGCUUUUUAAACACCCACUGUACAACAUUGGUGUACCAGAGCUCACUGCGGCCGAGCAGCUAAUGGAGAAAGAACAGCUGAUGGAAUAUUAUAAAAGGAGAGUGGCACGAUGGGAAAGACAGCAGAAGUUUUAUGUUGAAGCUGCAGCAGCAUCAAACAUCUCAAUUCCUGACAAAUCUGUGACCUUUAACCCUGACGCCAGUUGGCUUAAAUUCCAUUCAGGAAUAAAUCGUUAUGCACUGUAUUCCCGAGAUGACCUGGGAAUCAACCAGCUACUGCAGGAUAUGAACAAGGCCAACAUCAUCAGCGCCGAUUACACCCAGGAUGAAAAAGCACUGAAAGGGUCGUGUGAUUGCUCACAGGUGGUUAAGCCCAGUGGGCAUCACCUGAAGCUUGCACUCAAGUUCCAGGACUUUGGAAAAGCAAUGUUUAAACCCAUGAGACAAGAACGUCAUGAGGAAACACCGGAGGACUUUUUUUAUUUCGUUGACUUCCAAAGACACAACGCUGAGAUUGCCUCAUUUCACCUGGACAGAGUGCUGGAUUUCCGGAGAGUGCCCCCUGUGGUUGGGAGGCUCGUUAACAUCACAAAAGAGAUUUUAUACACUACGUACAACGAGGAACUACGCAGUGUCUUUUUCAUCUCACCAGCAAACAACACGUGCUUUUUUGCUAAGUGCCUGUACGUGUGUAAGACCGAGUACGCAGUGUGUGGCCAGCCAGACCUUCUAGAAGGAUCCAUGUCAGCCUAUCUGCCUGGACUGAGCAUCGCCCCCCGAAUCUCCAUCCCCAGCCCUUGGAUCCGCUCCUACACCUUUACAGGCAAAGAGGAGUGGGAAGUAAAUCCAUCGUACUGCGACACCAUUAAAAGACUCUACCCUUACAAUUCUGGAAACAGACUACUCAACAUCAUCGACAUGGCUAUAUUUGACUUCCUAACAGGGAACAUGGACCGACACCACUAUGAAAUCUUUACUAAAUUCGGUGAUGAGGGAUUUCUGCUGCACCUCGACAAUGCCAGAGGAUUUGGGAAGCACUCCGUUGAUGAAAUAUCAAUCCUGGCACCGCUAACCCAGUGCUGCAUAAUCAAACGCUCUACGUUACUCCGGUUGCAGCUGCUGGUUCAAGCUGAAUACCGUCUGAGUGAUGUGAUGAGGGAAUCGUUAAUGCAAGACCCACUCAGACCCAUCCUAACAGAACUACACCUACAGGCCCUCGAUCGAAGACUGGCCCACGUGGUCCGGACCAUCAACCGCUGCAUAAAGAAACUCGGUGAAUCCAAGGUGGUAGUGAAGGACUUUGUGGAGGUUUCUGGUGUUACUUCAGACAAACACCAGGGAAAGAGCAGAUGAUACUUAUCGAU